AUGGGUAAGCAAAAAAGAUCGAAGAAUGCAGAAAAUAACAUUGGAACCAGCAUAAAAAGGAUAAAACUGGAAAACGAUGGUGAUUUAUUGGAGAUUGAUUCAAAUGAAGUGUCGCGAAACUUUAUCGAAAUAAACAAAAACAAAGCAACAAAGUGUCAUAAUGAUAAACUAAAAAUGGGGAUGAAUCGAUAUGUGGGGAUGAGUUAUCAGAAAUUAAAACGAAUUAUGACUACAGAUAUAAAUUGUGAUCUGCAUAUUGCUAUAGAAAAGCGUCACGUAACGAUUGGAUGGCAUCAGUUAGGAGAAGCUUUUAAUGCUAUCAAAUAUAUUUUAAAUUCGUCGCUUGGUCAGUAUAGAAAAUCGUUAAGUGGCAUCAUAUUAGCUGUCGGAAAAAUAGAUAUUAUUGAUAAGCCGUUUUGUAUCGCUGACCAACCAUGCAUGCAUAUUGAUCUAAAUGUAAACUGUAUUGUAUUUCGUCCGAAACAAGGCAGCAGUUAUAAAUGCAUGGUGACAGCUAUUGAUAAGCAGGUGCUGAUUUCAAUUUUUCUUGGGUUAUCUACUCCAUUUUUGGGUUUUGUACCACCAUUACAAACUUUUCCGCGAUUGUUUUUUUCCCCGAUUUACGCCUAA